UGCAACCUUGCUGUGAUAUCGCCUUUACUGACCUUGUUAUUGAAUAGAACCAUUUGUUUAAUGUUACCAUGUCCUCCUCCUAUGACAACAAAUGAUUUCCCAAUAGUUAACCAAUAGAACAAACACAAAAACCAUAAAUCCCAGCAGUUACAACAUUCAACACGCAGUAAGAGGUAGCAAUCGCUGAGACUGGUGGAAGCAGUCAAAAUCUAGAUUAGGAAUGAAAGAAAUAAGUUUCCUGGGUUCAUAUGCAGAAGAGGUCCGGUGCCUGAAUAUAUCAACAUUGAUGAGAUUUGAGCCUAUCCUUGUAGGACUCUGCUCCAUGCAGAUGGCGAGAUAUAUUGUGUGGUUCGUGAUCAUAACCGGAUCUAUUGCGCAAGAAGAUAUGGCCAGAAAGGUUUUCUUGUUUCCUAAAGAAACUGCCACAGCAUACGUCACUCUGAAACCAGAGCGAUCAGAACCACUGAAGACAUUUACUGUGUGCCUUCAAUCCUACACUCAACUGACCCGAAAGCAUUCUCUCUUUUCUUUGGCAAGUUCUGGCACAGCAAUGGACAACACUUUUCUCAUUUUCCCUGAGCCACCAAACUACUGUUCAGUUUAUAUCAAACAGGAAGAAAUUCGAUUCAGGAUCGACUCAGAGGUUCUCGAAUUGAAACACACAUGUGCGAGCUGGGACUCUGAUACGGGGGUGGUCCAGCUUUGGAUCAAUGGAAAGGCCUACCCUAGAAGAGUUUCAAAUAAAGGAUUUACCAUUCUUGCCCCAUACAGUAUUAUCUUGGGACAGGAGCAGGAUUCCUAUGGGGGUGGUUUUGAUGCCAAACAGUCUUUUGUGGGUGAAAUUAGUGAUGUCCACAUGUGGGAUUAUGUAUUGACUUUUGAAGAUAUAAAUAGUGUUCUGUCCAAUGUCAAGAGUGGUAAUGUGGUCAGUUGGAAAUCUCUAUGGUAUGAGAGUAAAGGGGAGGUACUUGUCCAACCCAAACUUCAGUGCACGUCCUGGGGUUACUCAACCAGGCAGUAUUACCCAUGCUCGUAAAACAAGCACUGUCCAAAUGAUCUGUAAUCAACUAUUAUUUAAUAACAGAGCUCUUGCCUGCCUUUGCCUCUAUUCAUGACAUUUUCUCCAAAGCAAUGAUGCUGUCUUAGAUUGUAAAGUAAAAGGUAUUCUUGCUUUGUGAAAAGUGAUUCUGGUAUUGAUUGAAGCCUAUGGACUCUCUAUGUAUCAUUGUGUAUCAUUACAUAUCCCUCUGUCUCCAAGACUUCAUAUGAUUUUUUGAUAUAUUCAUGAAAUACUCUGAAUAAAAAGCUAAGAAAUGUAAAUAAAUAAAUAAAUACCUAAUUCUAUGCCUCA